CAUUAGCAAUAUUUCAAGUGUGUGUUUAGCUUUUAGUCCAUUCGCUAAAAAGCCGUCACAAUGUUGAAAGAGUUGGUGAAGGAGCGACUAUUGGCGGCAGCUGAUGAAAUAUUCGCGCUGUUUGAAAGCACGAUAGCGUCGUACGAGGAGGAACUUUCUCGAACGAGAGAGAAGGGACGACGUCGACAACACCUGGAAGUUGAUUGUGAAACUCCAACUGUGCUGCACUUUGAAGAUAUCCAAGGGAGCGCCACAAUAAAGCAGGUGGAUCCACAGCCCCCCUGCAUUAAAGAGGAAGCAAAGGAACUCUGGAUUACUCCGGAGGAAGAGUGCCUUCGUGGGCAGAGGGAGGCCGAUCUCACCAAGUUGCCACUGACCGUUGUCUCUGUAAAGACUGAAGAUGGUGAAGACGAAUCCUCACGGCUUCGUCACAGUCCAAGUGAGGAGAACAUAGUGGUGUGGGAGCCUCCGAGUAGGACAACAAAAGCGGAUGGAGGAUCACAAGCAGACGACCUCAUAGCUCCACUAUCAGAUAGUGACGACAUGACGUCUCACUCUGCCGAGGAUGAAGACAGCGACGACAACCAAGAGACUUUGAGCAGAGAUACAGACUGCGAAGGGGAUGACAAACACUCUGAACGCUUUAAAAGGAGGACGGGGAAACCACGUUGGACGCACGCAGCAAUUUGA